AAGACCCGGCCCGCCUUCUGUUUCACCCCGCUGACGCGUAUCAGCCUCGCUCUCUUGCGGCAGCCACUCUUACCAUAUUGUUGACAUGACUAUCUAUUUCUAGUCGCCGCCGCAGUCUUGUUUCGACAAUUACUAGAAGGUCAAAUCAAAAGUCAUACAUAACUAUCCGCUGCUAUGGACAAUAUACCGGACGAAAUAGUACUGCAAGUCCUGUCAUUCUUGGAUGUGCAUGAUCUUGUCAAUUGCCAGUACCUGUCUCGACGCUUCCUCGAUUUGUCUCGAGACGACAACAUUUGGAAAUUAGAGUGCUUCGAUGCUUCACGAGCAGAAUCAAGGCGUAGACGUCUACGAGUGGAUCCCACAAAUACUCAGCUCCAAUCACUGAGAUCUGCAUUCAAUCAACUCUCUGGACAGCCGCCACAGCCCUCUGGCCAGGUCCCUGAAGCGAAGUUAUCCGCUGCUGCAGAAACACAGCGUGCUCUAGCAAACUGGGAUCCUUCUUACGUGCAUGACAGUGUCACAUUCUACGACGAGUAUAUCCAUCGACAUGCUCCCAUAAAUAUCGGCUGGUUCACUAUACCCGGUGAUGAAUCUCUGGAAGCCACUGGACUUGGGUUGGUACAAGAUUCUGACAACAAUCCCAAACACCUUGCUGCAUCAUUAGACGACGGAAGUGUCUGUGUAUGGGAUGUACGACCCAGGUACUUAGACUCAAGAUCAUCGCAAGGCAAGAUUGUUGGUAGGAGUUUACCUGGCCUUCUUACUGGCGGACCUCGCAAAAACCAGGCUCGCGAGGAGAUCAAGAGAAUAAUGACAGAGACAGGUACAGUAGAGUCUGUGAGCAUUGACAAUGAUCGAGGAAAAGGUUACUUUGCUCAGAACAGCACUCUUGUCGAGGUCGAUCUUGCCACGCUCCAAGUCGUGUCAGAAGAGACCUUCCCAUUUCCUAUUGCUGCAUUAUCUCAGUCUCGUGCUUCUGGCCUGGUAGUGGGCACCAAUUGGACCAUUCAUAUCCACGAUCCUCGGAACAAGUCGAGAUCGGCUGUCAACCCCUCUUUACAGUGUGAGAUUAUCGGCGGGCCUGCAUCAAGUCAUGCUUCUCUUUCACAACCAGGACCUCUGUCCAUUCUGGAUCGAGUGCAAGAUGAGUCUAUCUGGGUGGCUGGCAGGUUUACUCAUAUGUUAAAUUUCGAUCGUCGCUGCUUCCCGAAAGUGCGCGGCACAGUACAUUCUGGAGGCCGCAUAAGCUGUAUUACUGAAGUCGCUCGACCAUAUGUUCCACGUUCUCUGGACCUACUCCAGGAUCCCACGAUAGCAGUCUCGGACCUAUUGGCCGCGAGGACUGCCCCUGGAUCGACCAUACUAGCGGCAGGCGAGUACAAAGGUAAAGGGAGUUUGGAGUUCUACGGAAUUGCUCCCUCAAGCUCCGGCUCUGUGGUCACGGAGAGCUAUCGAAACAGACAGACAGCUGCCUCGACACGACUGCUGUCAGUGGCAGCACAUGGAUACUCUACAGUGUUCAGUGAUGGAGAUGGCAAUUUGAAGUGGAUUGAGCGAGACGGCAUGACGACGAUACGGGCAUAUAACAUCAACGAAUCGGUUGAACCACUAUCAUUCAACCAGGCACAAAGCACAGCUCAAAGGCCAGAGGAUGAGUCUUCACAAGGAGACAUUGUGCAGAAGAUCAUACCUCUCCAAGCCUCGGCAGGAUCGUGGUCGAACAAAAGGGUCGAUACGAACCAGUCGGAUUUAGUGCUCAAGACAGGCGACGGCCGCCUAGGAGUGUUAGGAUUUGGUUACGACACGCUGUACACGAGAGAGGAAGAUGAGGCUGUGAUCGAGACGACCGAGGAAAGGGCCAGAAGGGACGCCGAGAAGCAGUACCGGGAGACACUUGGACGAGCAUUACAGAGUCAAGCCGAUGAAGUGAGAUUUAUGAGAGGACUGGGCAGGAUAUUUGGCAUGAGUUAGAAUACCUAGACUGGCCCAAGCUCUUGACAAGUGAGGGGCAAAAUGCUUCUCUCCACACUCUCAACUUUGCCCCACCACCGAACAAACAAACUUCGGUGCUAUAUCAUCAGAAGCCAUCACCAUAACAUCGAUGGGUCUCAGAAUGGACAAUAUACACGCGCCGACAGUGGCAUCCGGUCCGACCAGUGCUCGGGCAGACGGAGC